AUGGAGGGUGAAGCAUAUAAUUUCAUUUUAGUUUGGAGUGUAGCUUUGGCAUCUCUUCUCUACUCUCAUAAUGUUGGAAUGUUUUUUGCACCAGUUAAGGCUUAUGGAUAUAGAGAAAAUCUUCAUCCUUUAUUCGCGACCUCAAUUUAUGCCUAUUAUAUCUUCUUCUCGCUUGAGUUACUCCUAGCUGUGGCAGCAUUUUUUGCUCGAAUCCUAGUUGGUGCUGAACUCGAACCACAAUUCGAUCAGCCUCACCAUGCUACAUCGGUCCAAGACUUUUGGGGUAAAAGAUGGAACCUCAUGGUUUCUAGCAUACUACGCCCUACAGUCUACUUUCCAGCUCGCCAGAUCUUCGGUCAUCUGCUUCCUGCAGGAUGGUUAGCAAUUCCUGCUGUUUUCUCAACAUUUUUAGUGUCUGGUAUCAUGCACGAGAUGAUAUUUUACUACCUUGGCCGGUUAACCCCAACAUGGGAAGUUACUUGGUUCUUUGUAAUUCAAGGCGUUUGGGUUGGAACUGAGAUAGUGCUCAAGAAACAAAUAGGUCAGAAGUUUGAGCCACCUACCAUUGUAUCCAAGAUAUUAUCAUUGGUGUUUGUGAUGAUUACAAGCUUUUGGCUGUUCUUUCCGCCAUUCAUGAGGUUAAAUCCAUUUGGAAGAGGCUGUAGAGAGGUAUUGGCAUUUGGAGGUUUUUUCAAGCAUGGCCAACUAAUUAGCCCUGACGAGUAUUCAUGUCCAUAUUUUUAG